AUGGCAUCCACCCCAGCCGAGACAGAGCCGGCCGCCGACCCGAUCCACGCAGACCCUGCGGUUGAAGACGACUAUAAUCCUGAUGAGAUCCAGAGUCUGUUGACUUCUUCUACGGCCUCCCUCACCGAUAGUGUCCGCGAGUAUCGCCAACUCCACGGCCGGACCUACACCCAAAAGACGAAUUAUUUCGCACCGAAUGAUGACCAGCAGAACGAUGCCCUGGAUUUCAACCACUACUGGGUUACCGACUUCCUGGGCGAUAGACUCUUCCUGGCCCCGAUUGGCGAUAAUCCCCAGAAAGUGUUGGAUCUCGGCACUGGCACCGGGAUCUGGGCCAUGGACUUCGCCGACCAGUUCCCGUCCGCCGAUGUGAUCGGCAUCGACAUCUCGCCGAUCCAGCCGUCGUGGGUCCCCCCGAACUGCAGGUUCCAGAUCGACGACUUUGAGAAACCGUGGACGUUUUCGGACCCUUUCGACUUCGUCCACGCCCGCAACCUCGAGGGCUGCAUCGCGGACCUGCCCAAUUUUUUCAAGCAGAUAUACGACAACACGAGGCCGGGCGGGUGGUUCGAGAUGAUCGAGUUCGACCCCGAAGCGCGGUCCCAGAGCCUGGGCGAGCUGGGCGAGGACCACAUCUUCAAGCGGUGGUACAGGUACCUGGAGACCGCCUCGACCAAGAUGGGGAAGCCGCACGGGAACGCCGCCAACCGCAGGCUCGCCAAGGGCAUGAGGGAGGCCGGCUUCGUCGAUGUUGUCGAGCUGAAGUGGACCAUACCGAUCGGGGCCUGGCCGGCCAAGCCCGACAUGAAGAAGCUGGGCAUCUGCAAUCUGGAGUACAUCGAGCAAUCGCUGGAAGGGUUCGGCCUCUUCCUGCUGAAAGAAGCGCUGGGCUUUUCAUACGAGGAAGUGCAAGUCACGCUUGCGGAAAUGAGGUCUGCACUUCGCAACCCGAAGAACAUGCCGUUCUAUUACAUGCACGCCGUAUAUGCACGCAAGCCGGGGAAAGGCCAGGGAAGCGUUCUUGCUGCAGCAUGA